CCGCUACUCGCAAGCACCAGCGUCGUCUGUCUUCCUCUCGAUCGGCUGAUCAUCAAAGGCAAUGGCGCGAGCACCCGGCGGCGCUGUACGCCGGAGGGGCGGCAGGAGGGACGCCGGCGAGGCGGUGCGCAAGGGGCCGUGGAUGGCGGAGGAGGACGCGGUGCUGCUGGAGCACGUCCGCGUCCACGGCCCGCGCGACUGGAGCUCCAUUCGAUCCAAAGGCGCCCUGCAGCGCACCGGCAAGUCCUGCCGCCUCCGCUGGGUCAACAAGCUCAGGCCGAACCUCAAGACUGGAUGCAAGUUCUCUGCCGAGGAAGAGCGGGUGGUGAUCGAGCUGCAGGCGCAGUUCGGGAACAAAUGGGCGAGGAUCUCCACCUACCUGCCGGGCAGGACAGACAACGAUGUCAAGAACUUCUGGAGCACGCGCCAGAAGCGGCUCGCCAGGCUCCUGCGCGCCCCUCUCCGCACUCGCUCCAGCAAGAUCAGGAGCACCAACACCAAAGCGCCCGUGUCCUCUGUCGACUCCGCCAUGGGUUCUUGCCAGGAUCAUGUUCCAUUCGUGGGCAGCUCCUCCGGUGGCCAAUGCUGCGCAGCUGCACCCCCCAUGGAGUACCAGGACGCUGCGCGAAUGUCGCACGAUCAGAUAUGCUCUGGAUUUCUCAGUUUGGAGCCAUUGCCACUGCAGGUAGCAGCACCGGUCACUGACGGCGGAGCGAGCUCGUCCAAUGCAGCUCAUCAGUUUGCACCAGAGCCGCCGUUUUAUCAGCAUCCGUACCAUCUGGUGGAUUUCCCUGACAUGCCGGGGAGAUGCGACAUCGGUUCAGCUGGGUUCCUCGGACCGAGCACCAUGGAUUAUCACCCGUACCAGGAGCUGCUUCCGAUUGUGCAGCCGGCACCGAUGAUGAUGCCAUUCUUCGGGAUGGAUUGUGCGCGUGGCCCCGUCAAGGCCGAGGCCCGGGACGACUUCUUCGACGACCUCCCGCCGGACAUGUUCGACUCUCUUGAUCAGCUGCCGCCCUCGACGAGGAACUCACUUUAAGCUUGGAUGGACUAAUGUCGUGGCUCUGUAAUUGGACUACCUGUUCAGGCUCUAAUUGCAAGUAUUAACUAUUGGUGAAAAUCUUAACUUAUCCUAGGGUGUAGUCAACUUACUGAACUUCUUUCAGUGCUUCAGAUUACAACUAGUGUUCGAAGUGUCUGUCAAGUGGAUGCAGUCAUUGUCGUGUGUACAAAGUGUUUGUAAGAUUUAGUAUACUAUUAUUGUGUGUUUGUGAUGUAGACCAUGGUCUAGAUGACCGGAAAUGUAAUUCAUGUUUUCCUUUCUUUUGAGAAAACUAGACUGAAGAGGACAAAGAUUCCUUAUGUGUA